AUGGCCCCACUAUUCGACGUGUUUCCCGAAGAUGGCCCGACACUAAUCGCGUCUACCUCAUUCAUUCGGAACUUUCCCUUUCUCUCGCUCUCUCUUCUGUACCGACACAACCUCAACCAGAACCAUCAUUCGACCACAACCGCGAAGAUGGGUAUCAAGCAGCUCUUCUCCAUCAUCAAGGACGAGUGUCCAGAUGCCUACAAAGAAGGCGAGAUCAAGAACCACUUCGGCAGAAAAGUUGCUAUUGUACGUCUUCCUUCCACCCCUUCGGGCGCAUCUUCUAACCCUCUCAGGACGCGUCGAUCCAUGAGCAUCUACAGUUUCUUGAUCGCCGUCCGCUCGGGCGGUGAAAUGCUCACCAACGAAGACGGCGAAACAACCUCCCAUUUAAUGGGUAUGUUCUACCGCACCCUGCGCAUCGUCGAUAACGGCAUCAAGCCCAUUUAUGUCUUCGACGGCGCCCCUCCAAAGCUCAAGUCGGGCGAACUUGCUAAGCGCUUCCAGCGCAAAGCUACUGCUACCGAGGGUCUGGAGGAGGCGAAGGAGACGGGCACGGCCGAGGAUGUUGAGAAGUUCUCCAGACGCACUGUUAGGGUCACGCGGGAGCAUAAUGCUGAGUGUCAAAGACUGCUGAAGUGUAUGGGUAUCCCAUAUAUCAUCGCGCCUACAGAAGCGGAAGCGCAGUGUGCGGUGCUGGCCAGGGCUGAUAAGGUGUAUGCGGCGGCGAGUGAAGAUAUGGACACGCUUUGCUUUGACGCCCCCGUCUUGCUGCGCCAUCUUACGUUCAGUGAGCAGCGUAAGGAGCCCAUCCAGGAGAUCUUCUUGCCAAAGGUUCUGGAAGGACUUGGUAUGGAUCGCGCCCAGUUCGUCGACCUCUGCAUCCUCCUCGGAUGUGACUACCUAGACCCUAUCCCUAAGGUCGGCCCUAAUGCGGCUCUUAAAAUCAUCCGUGAAUACGGCACCAUCGAGAAAUUUGUCGCCGCUGUUGAGGCCGGUAAAGCUAAGUAUAGCAUCCCCGAAGAUUGGCCUUACAAAGACGCCCGUGACCUCUUCUUCAACCCUGAUGUCACCCCCGCCGAUCACGCAGACUGUGACUUUAAAUGGGAAGCCCCCGAUGUCGAUGGACUCAUUAAAUUCCUCGUUGAAGAGAAGGGAUUCUCAGAAGACAGAGUCCGUUCCGGAGCUACCCGAUUGCAGAAGAACCUGAAGAGCAGUCAGCAAGCGAGACUAGAAGGGUUCUUCAAGCCGAUCCCGAAGACGGAGGCAGAGCUGAAGAAUCUGAAGAGGAAGAAUGAAGAGAAGAACGAUGCGAAGAAGAAGAAGCUGAAGGAGGAGAAGAAGGAGAAGGCCAAGGCUAAGGCGAAGCCGAGAGGUACCGCAUAG